GUUUCCUGCAUGUCUUCCUGCGCAUGCGCGGUUUGCGCAUCCUGUUUUAUUAAUUCUUUUUUCCCUGGCGAAGAUGGCUGCCUCUCAUCUAAACAUCUGCCUAAGAAGGAUAAAAUGAGCAUGUUUAAGGCCGCAUACAUAAAAGUCCGGUGAUGGAUGCCAGGGCGUAGCAUGUGCAGCGCCUUCGCAAAGACUUUAUGGCUGCAUGAAAGAAAAUGUAGGCGAUCUGAAAUUAACCCUUUCAAGUCCGACAUCCACUGAUAAAUAAGGUACGAAUGUUUAUUUUGCCUUGUUUAUAUGUCUGGGGAUUUUGGGGAUCAAACAUUUGUAUCCGCUCCUGUGCAUACUAUAAUUCUGUUAUGCAAAAGCUAAAUCUUGUGUUUUGUGUUGUAACGGUAAAAGGCCUCAAUGCUUCACCGAAAGUGAGCAAUUCUAGUGCUUCGUUGGCUUUGUGUUUUUCCGGGUGCACAUGUGUGUGUGUAAUGUACUUUGCAGCCGACCUGGUUAACAUUCAUCUCUGCACUUCUACAGAAAAUGAUGCAUCAAGUGACCAGCAGCAACAGCGACUAUUGCAUGAGUGGGCUUGCAGAGGACUGCCAUCCAGCCAGCCACUUCGACUUAUGUAGCACACAAUCCAACAAAUUCUACCCCUCUGCCACAGCCCCUGGCCUACAGCUGUCCCUUGCAGGUCUAGCCCCAUUACCACAGGGUAUACACAAGGUCAUGGCAUGUCAAAUGCAGGAGAACCAGACUGACUUCCAGGCACAGACAGUGAGGAUCAGGGGCAGUGAGGCUGCUGGACCCGAUGGCUCCAAGAAGAAGAAAGGGAUGGUGAAGUCCGGGCGGAGAGGGAGGCCAUCAGGAACCACAAAGUUGGCAGGUUACCGCACAAGUACUGGACGCCCACUUGGGACAACUAGAGCAGCUGGAUUCAAAACCAGCCCUGGGAGGCCCCUUGGUACUACCAAAGCAGCAGGGUAUAAGGUCAGUCCCGGCAGGCCCCCUGGCAGCAUUAAGAGUCUUGCCCGGCUCAAGAAGCUGGAGUUUGACUGUGACAGCGUCAAGAAACUGGACUUUAGCACAUGCAGUGUUCCCAAGAAAAUGGAUUUCACCAGCUGUGAUGUUCCACCUUUUCCAUACACCCUGAUAGAGAAGAGACCUCUCUGUGAGCCCACGGAUAAAGUGGAUGAAGCCAGUGAAUGACUGUGUGCAUGUGCAAAAACAGUAAACGUCUCUCUGAAACAUGGGAGAGGAUAACUUUGUGUCACUAGGAAAUGGCUCUGACUACAGUGUUUUAAAAUGUCUCUGUUAUCAUAACUAAUGACUGAAUUAGAAGUAUGUUAUCCCAGCUUUGCAGAGAUGCAUGGAUAUUUAUUGAUAACAAUGAUCAGUAAAGGCAAAAAAGUAUUAAGCAGACUCUCCUCCAACAUUUCCUCCUCUAAGUUUUGAUUUAUUCUAUCACUCUGCUUUCAUUUUCUAUGGCCUGCUUUUUCUAUACCUAUAAAAAACUGUAUUGUAGUACAAACAGCCAACCAAUUCUGCUUUUUUCUUGAUCUAUAAGAAAUAUGUGGAUGUGUUAUUGACCUAUCUGUGUUGUCCUGUUCAGUCUGUGUUUACUUUGUGAUAUUAUCCGGAAUCAUGGUUACAUUUUGGACACAAUACUUUUUUUUUUUUAGUAAGGUGCAUUUCAGACUAUUAGUUUAAGCACAGUAUAUGUUAUUUUGCACUUUGUGAAUAUAGUUUUGAUCAUAUAUUACAAUGUUGUUAUGCUGUUGAUUGGAAGAAAAUGACUUAACAAAGCAGAAAAACUGUUUGUGAAAUCCAGUAUGUUACAAGUGAAUAUGUGCUGUGUGUAAAACCAAAAUAAAAGUCUUUUCCACCAAACAGAAAGCAGGUUGUUCCCCUCUGCGAACACAAGGGGGCUCACAUCCCGAGACGAUAAUCAACAUGUAAUAAAGCCUUUAUUUACCCUUUGUUCAAUGAAA